AAAACAGCCCACACAGUGGGCACGUGAUGCUUGAGACAGAACCAUGAUUGGCUGGUGUGUGUUUCCCACCAACAAACUCCCUGGAACAUCAAUCACAAGGGAGAGACAGUAUGAGAAGGCUAGCAAGGCACUGUCACAAGUAAGUGUGACAGAAGGAGAUGUUGAUUAAUACAAUGAAUGGCAAUGCAAACAUUGCAGCAAUUGGUGUAAGGAAAACAUCUGCUUCUAUUCAUCAUGGAAGAUGUUAAAGGAGUGCUUGGUCCAACACGAGUUGGACAAUUUUACCAGACAACUCGUUCACAGCCCUGGCGACCAACCCUUGGGUAUGAAAAUGUGGAGCUUAUCCCAUUGGCUAGUCACCCUCUAACGAAUGCAUAUCUGGAUAAAAGCUACACAUCUGCAAAAAUGUCUACUGAACCAAUAAGGUUCCCAAACUUAGUUACCAGUGUUGAACGAAACCCACCACAUGCUGCACGGACUGCACUUUAUUCUCGUUACACACCUUUUGAAUGGACACAGAGUAAUAUCAACUAUUAUAAUGAAUCAGAAACCAAUAGAAAUUAUGCAGAACGCCUCAGAAAUGAAGCAGUUCGUGUAAUUAGAGAUACUGAAGAACGAACAGCAGCUGCACAACGCGAUUCCGGUAGACGGCUUGGAGAACGGAUCACAGAUACCACAUUUUGGAGAAAUGCACUUUCAACUGAGCUGGAACGCCUUCUUGCUGAAAGCAACCUUCUUCAAGACAAACGGAAAGAUCUGGAAAAGUCUAUACAGGACAUUGAGGGCCCUCACCACAUUGCACAGGAAUGCCUGUACCAGAGGGAAAACAGAAUUGGGAUUGAUCUUGUUCAUGAUCAGGUUGAAAAAUCACUCUUAAAAGAAGUUGAAAUUCAAAGAAAUUGCCGAGAUCGCCUUAAGAGUAUUCAUGAUAAAGUAUGCCAACAGCUCCGUAACAAUCGAGCUGCCCAGCACGAGUUGGAAACCGAUUUAAACCUAAAAGAAUCCACACUUGAUAUUGAUACAAUGUGCCAUCAGUUGAACAACUUCUCAAGAGGCAUCAAUUAUUUUGGGGGCAUAGAAAAGUUUGAUCCAACGGUGACUGUUCCAGAAACAUGGGCUGAGAAUAGUAAUCGCAUAAUCCAACGAUCACAAAAUGAGCGUUUUAAGUCUUCACAGUCUCGUUCUGACAGUGAUAAUCUUAUAAAUGCCUGUGCAAAUGAAAUCUGGAAUUCAUGGAAUGCUACAAAUAAUUCAUUGGCAAACAGGUCAUCAGAAAUACUGGAAGCAAAGAAUAAAUUACAAAUGCAUUUACACAAGGUACAGCAAGAAAUAUUUGAUGUUGAAAAGCACAUGGAUAUGUUGCGUAAGGCUAUAAUGGACAAGAGCAAUCCCAUGAAAGUUGCUCAUACUCGCUUAGAAGCUCGCACUCACAGAAGAGAUGGAGAACUUUGUCGUGACCCUGCCCAACAGAGGCUUGUGCAAGAAGUGGGUGAACUAGGUGAAAGCUUAGACCAACUCCACCGCAAAUUACAAGAAGCUGAAGCUCAGCAUCAGCAGUUGCUCCGAACCCGAGCUGGUCUUGAGUCAGACCUGCAGAUCAAAGUAAAUUCAUUGUUCAUCGACCAAGAUAAGUGUUUAGGAAUGCGACGAAGUUUUCCCAUCACAGCUACAAUUAAAUAUUGA